AAUUCGCGUACGAUUCAGUCCAGCUCCAUUGCUUUCAACAUGAAGAUCUUCCUUUUUAUUUUUGAGAUGUCCGUGCUGACAUGUCUAGUAUGGGAGACAGGUGCAGAACCAGGUGCAAAGGAAACUGUUGACUUUGAAUUAGAAACAUGCACUGAUCGUGCUAAACCUGAGACAUGCACAACUAAAAUAUUAUCUUGGGAGAUUGAAGUGGUGGGGAAAAAAGUGACAUCAGAUUCAGACUAUGUAAACAGGCUUGAAAACCACAAAGACAAAAAACUUGCUGUUUUCUACUCCAUUUCAGGGGACGAAGCUAAGUACAAGGCUGAAGCUGCGAAGGGGUUUGCACGUCAUGGUGUUCCAAACGGAGUGUACCUAAUUGUGGACCUUGUCAACUUUUCUGGCGAAAUCAAAAACGAAUUGCCAUCGAAGGAUACAUUGUCUUUCGAAUGGAAAAGAAAGUACACAUUUGAACGUAUUGCUGACAAAGUAGCAUAUGAAAAAAGACAUGAAAAUUACAACGAUGUAGUUCUAGUCACUAUGUUUCACAACUUCGAGCCAGGUUGCAAGUAUAAAGAUUUCAACAACGAGGAUUGCGUGGAUUUAACAAUAAAUCGUGCACUAUUGUCGUAUGAAGGUGUAUACUACUCUGAAGCUGUCCCGGUCGUUGUGCUUGUUGUUCAUGUGGAUCUCGUCGGCAAAGAGUCAAUAAAGAGCCUCUGUCCAAAUCGAGGAGUUCCGAAACAAUACCCUGCAUUUUUCACUGAAUACAGGUCAAAGUUGUUCGAGAUACGUGAACCAGGAGCCACUGAAAAAUUUAAUCUAGACAAUUGCUAAAUCCAGCAACAAACAGAUUCCAAGAAAGACGACACAUGUUCUGAGCAAGACAAACUGCUUAAACGUGUUAGAAAUCAAAUAAAGAAUCCA